AUGCCUCCCAAGAAGAAGGUCGAGCGCGCCGCCACCGAGAACAUCUCUCUGGGCCCCCAGGUUCGAGAAGGUGAACUUGUCUUCGGUGUCGCCCGUAUCUUCGCUUCCUUCAACGAUACCUUCGUUCACGUUACCGAUCUCUCUGGCCGCGAAACCAUUUGCCGUGUCACAGGAGGCAUGAAGGUCAAGGCCGACCGUGACGAGUCCUCUCCCUACGCUGCCAUGUUGGCGGCACAAGACGUUGCUCAACGCUGCAAAGAACUCGGCAUCACCGCUCUGCAUAUCAAGAUCCGGGCCACCGGUGGAAAUGGCACAAAGACCCCAGGUCCUGGUGCUCAAUCGGCUCUUCGUGCAUUGGCUCGCUCGGGCAUGAGGAUUGGAAGAAUCGAGGAUGUGACGCCCACACCAUCCGAUAGCACAAGACGCAAGGGUGGUCGUCGCGGUCGUCGUCUCUGA